AUGUUACAGCUGAGACCUUAUAUUCGAGAGUAUGUUUGGUCUAAAGUGGGUGAUGGUAGUAACACGUCAGAUUGGUAUGAUUUAUGGAGUCAAUUGGGUCCGCUUGGUAAUAUUCUGACUCCUAGAACUAUCUCAAAUGCAGGGUUUUCUCUUAACACUUCAGUUCAGGAGAUUCAUGUCAAUGGGGUUUGGAGGUGGCCAGUGGUGUGGAGGGACACGUUUCCAGUCUUAAUACAACUGGAUAGUAUCCAUACGGUGCCUAAUACUCCUGAUCAGCUUAUGUGGAAGGAUGGUAAUGAGUUAGUUGAGCAUUCUUCAACUCAGGUUUGGCAGUCGCUUAGACGUCGGGCAGAGGAGGUGGAUUGGGUUAAAUUUGUUUGGUUCUCCCAGUGUAUUCCAAAGCAUGCUUUCUUUAUGUGGCUUGUUAUUCGUCGUAAGCUUUUGACGCAAGACAAGAUACUUCAAUGGGAUUUCUCGAGAAGGAAAAAUAUGAAUAUGAUGUGCUGUCUUUUGUGCUAUGCGAAUAUUGAUUCUCACAACCAUCUGUUUUUUGACUGUAGUUAUUCUACUCAAGUUUGGAUCAAGAUUCGUGACAACGGAGGGAUGAGCUCGGUGGGCCCAGCAUGGGACUCUAUAGUUGAUUGGUUGGGGACUAGGGCUAGUUCUAAAUCAGCGAUUAACUUUAUCAGCAGGCUCAUAGUUGCUGCUGCCGUUUAUUUUGUGUGGCAGGAGCGAAACGCUAGACUGUUCAUGAACCAGCAAGACUUCUAG